AUAUAUUUCAUUUCCCGCCUCAGGCAUGAUCCUACUCUAUUCUUUUAACCAUGAAUCCGCCAACCUCUUCUGGUGACGCACGUAUCCAUGUCCAGUUCUCCGAUUCACAUGUGACAUUACCUGAUCAAAACAAUGAAACAGAGCGUGCAAAUGUCCCCUUAUUACUACAGCCAUCAUAUGCAAGGUCCAAAUCCUUGCUCUUCGAUGAACUCCGCCACUUCCGAAUAAGUCUCAAAUGGUGCGCUCUUGAUCAUUCCUCUUGCCUAGGAAAAUUCAUAUCAUAUUUCACUUUCAUACUCUUCACCGUUGUUGUUCCCAUCAUAAGCUCCCUCUCUAUUAAAAUUCCAUCCUCGGAUGAUCCCAUAUCUUUCAACACGCUGGUGCAGUUGCCCGAGUCAGGCCUGGCCCUCAUUUCUUUCCUGACUCUAUCCGGCUUCUUUAGAAGGUAUGGUCUGCGGCAGCUACUGUUCCUGGAUGCUCUGCAAGACGAUCCUUUGUACGUUAGACGCGGAUACUCCCGGGAGCUUGACAAGGCUUUUCGCUUCCUGGCUUUCAUAUUACUGCCAUCUUUUCUUGUCGAACUGGCACACAAAGUCAUAUUCUUUGGGACGGUGAAAAUAACAUUGCCAUACGUGAGCUCAGGUGUUCCGCUGAAUUCUAUCAUGUUUGUGUUGGUAUUGUCAUCGUGGGUUUACAGAACAGGUGUGUUCUUAUUGGUCUGCAUUCUGUUUCGUCUGACUUGUGCGCUUCAGAUAUUAAGAUUUGAAGGUCUUCAUAAGUUGUUCGACGGAUGCGAAUCAGACGCCGGGGUCAUAUUUAGGGAGCAUGUUAGGAUUAAGAAACAGUUGUCUGCUACGAGCCACAGAUAUCGAUUUUUCAUUAUUGCUUGCUCUGUUACUAUCACCAUUAGUCAAUUAGGAGCAUUGUUGUUAGUUCUGUUAUUCAAGUCUGACAAAACUUUCAUCAAUUCAGGGGAUCUUGUGAUUUGUUCAGUGGUUCAGCUAAGUGGGUUCUUCUUAUGCAUACUUGGAGCAGCUAGAAUCACACAUAGAGCUCAAGGCAUCGUGUCCAUAGCGACUAGAUGGCAUAUGAUGUUGACAUCUGCAUCCGCCAGGUUAGACCAACGGAAAGCAAAUGUCCCAGACGCUACUGUUGAUGGUACUACAGUACCAGAUUCUGCCGAGGGUGAUUCGUCAGACAUUUUCAUCUCAACUUCCUCACAGGAAUCAUCUUCUUUCCAGACCAGGCAAGCUUUUGUGGCAUAUUUGCAACACAACCAUGGGGGGAUCACACUAUUUGGAUUUGCUCUCGACCGUGGAUUGCUUCAUACACUUUUUGCAUUUGAGUUCUCUCUGGUGCUGUGGAUUCUCAGCAAAGUAGUGGUUCUGUCUUGACCAAAUCCCUUUCGGAGCUUCCUUACUUCUCUACAUACCCUACGAUGAAUGAAAUUACUGUAUGUUAAUGUGAAAAUAUAUUGUUAAAGCUUUAAAUGCAAAUCACUAUUGUUUUAAAAUACCGUAAAAAAAACUUUAUGUAAUCACAAAUAUACAUCUUUUUUUUUGUUAGUAUUUCUUCGCAGAAAAAU